AUGAACAAAAAGAAGAAGAUCUCACUCUUCGGCGAUGAAGAAGCCGGCGAGCAAGAAGGAAAUGGCUGGGAAAUUAAUAAAGGAUACGCCCAGAACUAUGACAACUGGAGAAGGCUUGAGGAAAUGCAGAAAAUCAAAGAUAAAUACGGUGACGAUGAUGACGAUUCGUCGAGUGAAUCAGAGCCAGAAUGGACUGAUGGACACGAAGAAGCAUUCCUUCGGACCCUCGGAGCUCUAAAAUCCGGAGAUCGAUCUGUUUUCGAAAACGGAAAGAGUUUCUUUAAUGAUAUUCAAGAAUCCUCUUCUAGCACGAAAAAUUCCAAAGAAAAACCGAAAAAGUCGAAGAAAAGGGAUGAAAAGAUGACUAUUAAGGAUUAUGAGCGAAAAUUGGUGCUGGAGAAAGGAGGACAAAUCGACGAAAGCGACGAGGAAGCCGAGUACAAGAAGACGCAGCAGAAAGGAUACUAUGAGGAGCAGGAGGAGAUUCGAAAAAGUCUGGCUGCUGCAAUCCAUCUGGGCGACGAUGAAGACGAUGAGGAUAUUCUGAAAGAGAGAAAGAAGACGUCGAAAGAACUAGAAGAUGAGGAUAAUGAUUUCUAUGAAUGGAUGAAGUCGGAGGAUGGAAAGGCUGAUAAGAAGAAGGCCAAGGAGUUGAAACAUCUGAAAAAGUUCUGGAAGGACGAUCAAAAGCUAGAUGAAUCUGAGAAAUUCCUUCGUGAUUACUUGCUCAACAAAGAUUAUGAACCGGGAGAGAACGAAGAAAAUCCAACUUACGAUGAAAUUGUGGCGUUAGAGGAGGAUGAGAAGGAGCUCGACAAGAAUCGGCAGUACGAGCAGAAGUAUAAUUUCAGAUUCGAGGAUCCUGAUCAAGAAUUUAUCAAACAAUAUCCACGUACUGUCGCUGAAUCAAUGAGAACUGACGAUUCGUCUCGAAAAGAUAAGCGACAUGAAAGAGAAGAACGAAAGAAGAAAGAGAAAGAGGAGAAGAAACGAGAAUUGGCUGAACUCAAGAAGAUGAAACGAUCUGAAAUUGAGCAGAAACUCGGAAAGCUUCGAAAAGCGGCUGGUGUGGAUAUUCCAUUGACACUUGAUGAGUUGAAUGCUGACUUUGAUCCAAAAGAAUUCGAUAAGAAAAUGAAGUCGAUUUUCAAUGAUGAGUAUUAUGGAGUAGAGGAGAAUAUUCAAGAGGAUGAGGAUGAAAAGCCGGUGUUUAGUGAUAUGGAUGACAGUGACUUCGAGGACUAUGACAAUUUGGAUGUGGAAGAACUGAAAAAGAAGGAUGUUGAUGAGGAUGAAGGGGACGAUGAGGAGGAAGAGGAGGAAGACGUUGAUGAUGAGGACGAGGAGGAGGCUGAGGAGAAGCCGAAAACUAAAAAGUCUGCAAUGAAAAACGGAAAGUUUGAUAUGGUUGCAGCUGCGCAGAAGGCGAUGAGCAAGGAUAAAAAUGACAGUCGCCGAAAAUCGAAACGAAACGCCCUCAAAGAUGCUCUUGCCAAGAAGAAGCCACUCUUCAAUCCUAAAGAAAAGACGUUCGAAGAGUAUUUCAAUGAAUAUUAUGCUCUCGAUUACGAAGAUAUCAUUGGAGAUACCCCGACAAGAUUCAAGUAUCGAGAAGUGGAACCGAAUACUUUCGGAUUGAGUACUGAUGAGAUUCUGGAGGCUGAUGAACGUCAGUUGAAUGCGUGGGCUUCAUUGAAGAAAGUCACCGCUUAUCGUACUUCUCAGGAAGAGUUUUUCGAUCGGAAAGCUUAUCAGAGAAAGGCGGAAGAUGUGGACAAGAAGAAGAGGAUUCUGUCGAUUGAUUUCGGAGGAAAGAAGUCAUUGAAACGAAAGGCUGAAGAAGAGGAAAUGGAGAAGGAGAUGGCUGAGAUGGGAGAAUCAGAAGAGCACGGAGAUGAGUCGGAGAAGAAGAAAAAGAAGAAGAAGAGAGGAAAGAAGAAGGCGCCGGUGAAGAAGGUCGAUUGGGCAGUGGCACCUGCUAAGGAUAUUGAAGAGGUGGAAGAAGAAAAGGAGGUGGAGCAGCAAGAGGAGCCAGAGGAACCAGUUGUCCAAGAGAAACCAGAACCGGAGCAAAAUGGACAUGCGGGACCACCGAAGAAGAAGGCCAGAAAGAGGACAAAGAAUAAGAGCAACGUGAUCGCUGAGAAGUUCGGAGAAGGCAUGACGGAUUCUCGUGUCAAGGCCUACGGUCUAAACCCGAGUCGUCUCAAGAAGGGAUUGGUCUACGGACAAUAA